AUAUCUUUUCCCCUGUUCUAAGCACUUCAUAAAAGCUACCAAAACCGUCACCAUAAUAUUGUUGUCGUGCGUCGUCGUCUAUGUCGCCGCUGAUACUUGAUUGAUAGGAUCGCUAUCGGAACUAUUUUGAAUACAAAUUGAUUGAUCCAAUCGAAUUAGACGCUGAAAAAAAAACUAGAAAUACACCUUCAUAAAACAUUUGUGGGAGGCUAAAAUUGAUAGGUAAACUUUUUGAUGAAGGCAGUUCUGCGAUAUCGUGUCUGAUGAGAGAUCGGUUGAAUUUGAAAUAAAAAAAUCAUCUGCAUAACUUUCUCUGUUUUUAAAUUUAUUUUGGAUCUUUGAAUUUUUUUAUCUCUCCCUGGAUUGAGUGAGAUUUUUUUGUUGAAUUAUCAGCUCUUUGUUUUUUGUGCGUGGAAUGCUCUGAUUUUAUGUGUAUCUUCUGCUAACCGAUUAAAAAACGACCAGAUUAGAAAAAAAAAUAUAUAUUAUUUAAAAAUUUUUUGUUCUGCUCUCAACGAGGAAAAAACUUUGUUUGUUUUUGAAUUUGAGAUCAGUUUGUUUCGGUCGAGUGUUGUGAUCCGUAGUGUUUUAGUGUUGUUACCUAGUUGUUUUGUAUCGAGCUAAAAUCAUCAACAGGACUGAAAGUAGAGUGUGACAAAAUUCUAUAUCAAAAUGGAUGAAGAUUAUUCCUGUGAUACUGGAAAUGAAUACUCUUGCAGUAACGAUGAUUAUGGUUCUUCUUCGAAUAACAAUGAUACAAGUUAUUGUCGAGAUCCAACACCUCCACCAAGAGAUCCAACUCCACCGCCAAGAUAUCCAACACCACCACCACCCAGACAACCAUCACCUCCACCAAGAAAUCCAACUCCUCCUCCACCAAGAGAACAAACACCUCCUCCGGAAAUUAAGGACUCCGACAUUGAAUAUGUCGUUAAUUUGAGAAAUUCAAUUUUUGACGAAACUAAAGAUUAUGAUGAAAAUUUGAACUUGGUGAAUGAUAUUAUUGAAAAUGCAUUCGAUGAAACUACAUUCGAUGAAAUGACAGUUUGUGAUGAUGGAUAUACAGAUGAUAAUGUUGUAGAUGUUGAAAUUGAUGAAGAAGUUAUUCAUACAUCACCAAGACAUCAUGUUUAUAAUCAAUACAAUGCAGAAGUUCCAAGAAAAGCUGACGUUUAUAGAGAAACAGUUGAGCCAGAUUUAUUCUGCUCCAAUAUGAAGCUCUCAGUGGUCGAUAAAAUAACCGUCUUUUUGGGCGAAUUAAUAUCGACAGGUUUGCUAAUAUUCCUCGGUUGCAUGGGAUGUAUUAAGACCGAUAUCUUUCCAAACAAUCACCUUCAGUUGACCUUCAAUUUUGGUCUGGUCAUAAUGAUUUUGAUUCAAUCAUUUGGAUGUGUUUCCGGUGCUCAUAUGAAUCCAGCUGUAACAUUGGCAGCAGUUAUCUAUAAAUUGGUGACACCAAUUGUGGGUGCCAUUUAUGUUGUGGGCCAGUUUUUGGGUGCAUUUAUUGGAUAUGGUUUGUUGAAGGCACUUGUUCCGGCAAACACCAUUAAAGUUGCUGGAGCUGAACAUGGUUUGUGUGUGACAACAGUUAGUCCGGAAAUUUCUACUCUUCAAGGACUUGGAAUUGAAUUUGUCCUUACGACUGUUUUGAUCUUUGUUUGCUGUGGUGUUUGGGAUCCAAGAAAUGCUAAGCAUCAUGAUUCGGUUGCCAUUAAGUUUGGUUUGGCUGUUGCUUCAUUAGCUUGCACAGGAGGACCAUUUACCGGAGCUAGUAUGAAUCCAGCAAGAUCCUUCGCACCAGCUUUAUGGAAUGCUGAUUUCACAGAUCACUGGAUUUACUGGGUUGGACCAUUGGCAGCAGCUCUAAUCGGUUCAAUUGCUUACAAAGCAGUUUUUAGGAGAGAAGAACCCGUCGAAAAGGAUCCAAAAUUACGUGCCAUGGAAGAAUUGCCAUUGCGCUAAGCCAAAUAUUUUAAUGUUAAAUAAAAUAUAGUAAUUUUAGCCGUUGUAGAUAAUUGAGAUUCUUAUUGUUAUAUGUAUAAUGUUUUCCGAUUUAAAGGACUUGCCAGAAUGCAUUUGAUUUAUGUAUGCGUUAAUGUCACUUCAAAGAAA